AGCCCUGAACUCCACAGCAGCGCUGAACCAGAGAAGCAGGCUCCCGGCAGCCCAGCCCUUCACGUCCAGACCUACCUGAGACACCCGCCUCCUGGGUGCCACCCACCAGUCCUUGCCCCAGGAUGGGGACCACCUACAGAGCAGCCUUGGUCUUGGCCUGUCUGGCUGUUGCUUCGGUAGCCUCCAGUGGAGGUGACUUCUUACGAGAAGGGGAGAGGGAGCUGGGGCCAGAGUCCCUCACCUAUCACAUUCACGAAGUUGGCUAUGCAGCUCCACCCUCCCCACCCCAGACCCGAGCCCUCUCCAUGGAUCACCCUGAAACGCCUCCACAUGGCUUUCACUUUGAGGGACAGAGGGAAGUACACCCCCCUCCUGUUCAGGAAGCCAUCCCUGCCCAAGAGGAAGAGCUGCCCCCUCCCCAACUUCCCAUGGAAAAGAAAGCAGAUCCCCCUCUCCUUCAGGAAGCCAUCCCCCUUCAAGAAGAGCUGCCCCCUCCCCAGGUCCCUGUUGAGCAGAAGGAAAUAGACCCACCUUUCCUGUAUCAGGAGGAAAUGACCUUCUCAUCUAACCAGAGAGAGGAAGAGCCUUUUAUGGGCCGCAGCCCCCCCGAGCCUGAGUCUUGGAACCCAGCCCUGCACUGCCAACAGGGCCGAUCCCCAGGGGGCUGGGGCCACCGGCUGGACGGCUUCCCCCCCGGGCGUCCCUCUCCAGACAAUGUGGACCAGAUCUGCCUUCCUAAUCGUCAGCAUGUGAUGUACGGCCCUUGGAACCUGCCACGGUCUGGCUACUCCCACCUCACUCGCCAGGGUGAGACCCUUAAUUUAUUGGAGACUGGAUAUUCCCGCUGCUGCCGCUGUCACAGCCACGUAAACCGCCUGGACUGUGCAAAACUCGUGUGGGAGGACGCAAUGACCCGAUUCUGUGAGGCCGAGUUCUCGGUCAAGACCCGGCCCCACUGGUGCUGCAACCGGCAGGGGGAGGCUCGGUUCUCCUGCUUUCAGGAGGAGGCCCCCCGGCCGCACUACCAGCUCCGGGCCUGCCCCAGCCGCCAGCCUGCCAUUUCCUCGGGCCCCGAGCUGCCUUUCCCCCCUGGGGUUCCCACACCAGACAACAUCAAGAACAUCUGCCACCUAAGACGUUUCCGCUCUGUGCCGCGCAACCUCCCAGCCACUGACCCAGUCCAAAGACAGCUGCAGACACUGAUCCGGCUAGAGGGGGAGCUCCAGCGCUGCUGCCGGCAGGGGGACAACCACACCUGUGCGUGGAAGGCUUGGGAGGAUGCCCUUGAUGGAUACUGUGACCGUGAACAGUCUGUAAAGACCCACCGCCACUUGUGUUGCCACUAUCCUCCUAGCCCUGCCCGUGAUGAGUGCUUUGCCCGUCGGGCCCCCUACCCCCACUACGACCGAGACAUCUUGACCCUUGACCUCAGCCGAGUUACCCCCAACCUCAUGGGCUAUCUCUGUGGAAACGGAAGAGUUCUCUCCAAGCACAAACAGAUUCCUGGGUUGAUCCGAAACAUGACUGCCCACUGCUGUGAGCUACCGUUUCCAGAACAGGCCUGCUGUGCUGAGGAGGAGAAAUCAGCCUUCAUCGAGGACCUGUGUGGUCCCCACCGUAACUUCUGGCGAGACUCUGCUUUCUGCUGUACCUGGAGUUCUGGAGAUGAACAGACCAACUGCUUCAACACUCACUAUCUGAGGAAUGUGGCUCUAGUGGCUGGAGACACUGGGGGUGCCAAGGGCCAGGGGGAGCAGCGCCAGCUCCAGGAAGAAGUAUCAGCCCCACCCCCGGAGCCCAAGGAAGAGUGAGUCACCCCAGAGCCUCGGAGGAUCAGAUUGGGGGAACCCCACCCUCCUUGAACACUCAUUACAGUAAACACCUCUUGGAUUUGCCAUCCUCAUUGUCUUUAACGUCUAAACACACCCUCCUAAGCCUGCUUGGAUUCUCAUCAGUGACUGGCCCCCAAGGCCUGCUGCCCUGCCCCCUCCUGGGCAGAAGCAUUCCACAGGCCAUGGGUACCAUACCUACACAGCUUAACUUCACUACUUAUCAUCUUGAAUUUAUUAACAUAUUUGAAAAAGUGUCAUCUCGUUGGCUAGCAUCAUUUAAAGGGGGGGGAAAAAGAUACGGUUUCGUGACUUUGGUGAGCCCCCAAAGUGCCGUGACCCAGCUCUACAUUUUAAAACCUUCACUUUUGA